CUCCCCGUCGACGGCGCUCGGUUUGACUUAACCGGCCUAACCCGGAGAUCAGAGAUCAACACUGAUCGACACGUGAGAUCAUGCCGCCGAAGAAGAACGCCGGUGCCGCGAAAGGAAGCAAGAGCAAAUCCUCGGAGGAGAGCGGCGGUGGGAAAGCGGAGAAGAAAGGAGGGAACUCGGUGAAGGUUAGACAUAUCUUGUGCGAGAAGCAGUCGAAAAUACUGGAGGCGCUGGAGAAGUUGAAGGCUGGUCAGAAGUUCAACGAGGUCGCGGCGACGUACAGUGAAGACAAGGCCAGAUCUGGGGGUGAUCUCGGUUGGAUGACGCGAGGUUCCAUGGUAGGACCCUUUCAAGACGCUGCCUUUGCGUUACCAGUUUCUAGCCUGGGGUCUCCGGUUUACACGGAUCCACCGGUGAAAACAAAGUUCGGGUAUCACAUCAUAAUGGUGGAAGGUAAAAAGUAGUCGGAAAAGUAGUUGCCCAAACUUUUUUAACACUUUUGUGAAACUUGUUAUACAAUCCGAUUGAGUAAAUAUAUAUUAUAUCAUUUAAGUAAUGAUUUGUUUGAUAUCUGUGAUAUUUAUUAUACUAUAGAUAAACGCGUUUUGUAUGUCUUACAUUUUACGUGAAGAAAAUCAGGGCUUGCAUAGGUAUUAUAACGAUACAUGUCAUAAAUUGAUGCGUAAUAAGUAAAAUAAUGUUUUCUAAUAAUAAACGAAUCAAGUUAUUUAUUA